ACGCAGCCCACGCAACCCCCGGCCACAAUCGCUUGGCGAUAACCUGAGAGUGGUGAGUUCAAAACUCUUUUUCGUGUCUGGUUCCGUUCCAUAUUGGGAUCAUGUGCAUCUGUCCUCUAUUCAUGUCGCUUUGUAGCUACUCCCUUGCUUUACCACCUGAGUGACUCAAAGGGUUAUUUUAGUCAUACGAUUCUUUUACGUACUUACUCCGACGAUUUCUCUCUUGCCUCCAUCGGCAAUUAUUGAUCUAGUACCAUUCGUCUAACAAAAUCCACAGCACAAUGAGCGACGAAACCCAUGCAAGGUUGACGGACUAUCUUGCACAGUACAUGAUGGCUUCAAAUGGCACGGCACCAAAGCAGGUCAACUCAGAACCAGUCGCAGAAAAGUCAGACCCUAUUCCACCUGCGAGCGACGUAUCCGAGGACUGGUCGCCCUCAUCCUGGCGAUCAAAGCCUAUCAAGCAAGAAGUCACAUACGAUGACCAAGCAGCAGCGACCACUGCUUUGGCGAAGCUAUCAAGUCUCCCGCCAAUCGUCACACCCACAGAGAUUGUCAGGCUCAAGUCCAGCCUGCGCGAUGCUGCACUGGGCAAAUCAUUCCUUCUUCAAGGUGGUGACUGUGCUGAGCUGUUCUCCUACUGUGCCGACAACCCAAUUGAUGCUAAGAUCAAGCUACUCCUGCAGAUGAGUUUGGUACUCAUCUGGGGAUCUAACAAGCCUGUAAUCCGUAUUGGUCGCAUAGCUGGACAGUACGCUAAACCGAGAUCGAGUCCGACUGAAAUGGUAAACGGCAAAGAGAUGCCUAGCUUCCGAGGUGAUAUUCUGAACGGGUACGAGCCUGAUCAUCGAAUGGUGGACCCAGAGAGACUAGUGAGCGCGUACUUCCAUUCCGCCACGACGCUGAACUACAUCCGUGGACAGCUAGCAAGUGGUAUCGCUGAUCUGCACAAUCCCCUGGAUUGGGGUCUUGGACACGUCCAGGAUAAAGAUCUACAGACAAAAUACCAGACAAUCGUCCACAGCAUCUCGGAUUCGCUUCGUUUUAUGAAGACGAUCGGCGCCGACACCUCAGGACAGCUACAGACCGUAGACCUCUUUACCAGCCACGAGGGACUUGUACUCGAAUACGAGCAGAGCCUGACUAGGAGGCUCAAGCACCCAGCUGGUCACCAGCCCAGACAACCUUCGCAUGACGGUAAAGGCUGGUACAACGUCUCAGCGCAUUUCAUCUGGAUCGGAGAUCGUACGCGUCAAAUUGAUGGAGGGCAUGUGGAGUACUUCCGUGGAAUUGAGAACCCAAUCGGAAUCAAAGUUGGUCCUUCAAUGAAGAACGACGAGCUGGUGCAAUUGCUCGAUAUCGUGAACCCGUCGAAGGAGAUCGGCAAGAUUACUCUGAUCACGCGUUAUGGUGCGGACAAGGUGGAGUCCAUGCUCGGAUCGCAUAUUGAGGCUGUCAAGGAGAGUGGACAUGUUGUGGUUUGGCAGUGCGAUCCGAUGCACGGCAACACACGCAGCACACCGACAGGUAUCAAGACACGGUCAUUCAACAGCAUCUUCUCGGAGCUUUCCUCGGCCCUCAAGAUCCACAAGCAGCACGGUUCUUUUCUGGGUGGCAUGCACCUUGAACUUACUGGGGAUGCAGUUACGGAAUGCACUGGCGGAAGUGAAGGACUUGUCGAUGAGGACCUGAGCCUGAACUACACGACGUACUGCGAUCCUCGAUUGAACGAGAAGCAGGCAUUGGAGCUGGCAUUCCUUGUUGCAGGUCAUUAUCGCGAGGACAAAGGAUUGUAGGUGACAAGAUAGAUUCUACUACGACGACAUGUUUGUAUGGCAAAAGUAAAUAGCAUCUGUUUCCUGGGAAUUUUAAAUGAUAGUCGAUCACGGGACUAAGCGCAAACAUGAUGCGAUGACGAUGACGAUGAUGAUGAUGACAAAGAUAAUCUUCCACAAGCAACUUGACCACACUUCAGCAGUACGAAACACAUCCUCAUCAACAUAAUGGGUUCCUCUGCUUCAAAAGGUGCCAGCGCCGCUGGUGCAAGUGUACGCAAAUACCCUACUCGAUCUCCUCCAAACACAACGUCGCGUCCGCCUGUUUCCUCUGCGCCUCGAGCAUCGCCAGCCGCUCCUGGACCUACUGUACACCCGCCACCGCAGGCUACAGAGACA